AUGGCUCAUGGUCUGCUUGAAUCAUCGGAUGAAAAUGAAAAUCCGUUUGAUACUGGUAGACAGUAUUUGAACGAACUAUUGUCAAGAUCUCUUUUUCAAGAUUUUGAUGUGGCAUUUCUUUAUAGUGUAUUCAAAAUGCAUGAUCUUUUACAUGAUCUUGCUUUAUUGGUAGCAAAGAACGAGUGUCGUUUGGUAAACACUUUCAAGCACAAUAUUGCCCCAAGUAUCCGGCAUCUGUGCCUCAUAAACUCCAAUUCCUCCGACGAAAGUGCUUCCGAUUUCCUUGGUAAAUUAGGACAUGUGCGUACACUAAGGUUUCCAAAUAUGGGAAAGACUGCAACCAGCAAAUUCUUGGAUAAAAAUUGUCUCAGCAGGUUCCAACCUUUGAGGGUGCUUGAUCUUUUUGAGUCUGCAUUCGAGGUGUUGCCCAACUGGAUUGGUAAUUUGAAGCAUUUACGGUUUCUCAACCUUUGUGACUGUCGCCACAUCAAGAAACUCCCCAACUCCAUUUGCGAGUUGCAGAAUCUGCUCAGUCUUGGUUUUGCUGGUUGUGAUCAAAUUGAAGAGCUACCUAAGGAUAUGAGGAAGAUGACCCGUCUCAUAUUCUUAUCAUUAACUACAAAACAACGAGAUCUUAAUGGUCAUGGAUUAGAACACUUGAAAUCUCUUCAAUUCUUGAUCAUAUGGGGCUGUGACCAUCUGGAAUAUUUGUUUGAAGGGAUUCAAAACCUCACAUCUCUUCAUACAUUGGGUGUUGCCAGUUGCAAGAACUUGGUAUCACUUCCACGUGGUUUGAAUAAUCUUACUGCAUUACAAACUCUAGUCAUUGGGAUUUGUGAGAAGCUUGUUUUGAGUGAGCCGCUGGGAUUCAAAGAGAAAGAAGAUGAAGAUGAUCAUCAAGGUUUCAACCUUCAAUCAUUGGAAACUACAAAUUUACCAAAGAUGGAGGCUCUACCCCGUUGGCUUCUACGACGAUCUUCCAACACUUUGAAGAAUGUCAUGAUUAAAGACUGUGAGAAUCUCACAGCUUCACCGGAGUGGCACAAUCUCACAUAA